AUGCUGAAGCUCUUCAUCAUCUUCACCGUCGGGCUCUUCGGCCUCGUCCUCGCCGCCCAGCCCGGCAGGCAGUCCCAGUUCGCGAGAGUCGCCGAUGCGGACCGCCAGUCGUAUCUCGUCGGCGUGGGCAAGGCCGACAUCACCGGCCCGGUGGUGGAAAUCAACUUUGCCGGGUACGCCAACCUGGACCAGAAGGGAUCCGGCCUGCGCCAGCGCCUGUACAGCCGUGCCUUCAUCAUUGCCGACAAGAGCAACCCCAGUGAUCGAUUUGUCUACCUGGUCCUCGACACGCAGUCUGGAGACACGGCCAUGCGAAAUGGCCUCCUGGACGGCCUGAAGGCUCUGGGUGAUGAAUAUGCCGUCUAUGGCCAGAACAAUGUGGCUCUGACGGGUACCCACAGCCAUUCUGGUCCGGGCGCCUGGUUCAACUAUCUGCUUCCGCAAAUCACGUCCCUCGGGUGGGACAAGCAGAGCUACCAGGCCAUUGUUGAUGGGGCUGUUCUGUCCGUCAAGCGGGCUCACGAGAGCCUCCAGGAGGGAUACUUGGACGUUGGUACAACGACAGUGUCUGAUGGCGCCAUCAACCGCUCCCUUUGGGCCUAUCUGCAGAACCCAGACGAGGAGCGAGCUCAGUAUGACGCGGAAACUGACACCACCCUGACUCUGCUCCGCUUCCAGCGUGCUUCGGAUGGCAAGAAUCUCGGUGUUCUCUCCUGGUUCCCCGUCCACGGAACCUCCCUGCUUGGGAACAACACUCAUGCUGCCGGCGAUAACAAGGGUGUGGCCGCCUGGCUCCUGGAGAGUGCCAUGAAGAACGAUCCGACCGCUGCGGAUGACUUCGUGGCCGGCUUCAGCCAGGCAAAUGUCGGCGAUACAACUCCCAAUGUUCUCGGAGCCUGGUGCGACGAUGGCUCUGGUCAGCAGUGCAGCCUUGAGAACAGCACUUGCGCGGACGGCAAGUCACAGAGCUGCCAUGGUCGAGGACCCGAGUUCCAGGCGCUGGACCUUGGUGUUAAGAGCUGCUAUGAGAUGGGUCGUAGGCAAUUUGCUGGAGCUCAGAGGGUCUAUGAUGACCUGAAGUCGUCCGGCACGCCAGUAGUCGGCUCGUCCGUCAAAGCCUUCCACUUCUUCCAGGACAUGCGGUACUUUAAUUUCACACUGCCAGACGGAACCAAGGCCCAGACUUGCCCUGCCGCUCUUGGCUACUCUUUUGCUGCAGGAACCUCUGACUGGCCAGGUGCCUUCGACUUCACGCAGGGAGACUCUGGUGCACCAAACAACCCUUUGUGGUCGCUUGUCUCUGGUCUGCUGAAAGCGCCGGGCCCUCAGCAGGUUGCAUGCCAGCAGCCCAAGCCUGUCCUCUUGGAUGUCGGUGAAAUGUCGACGCCUUACGCCUGGACUCCCAACAUUGUGGAUAUCCAGAUGCUACGCGUAGGCCAGCUGGUCAUCAUUGUCAGUCCCAGCGAAGCCACCACCAUGGCUGGACGCCGCUGGAAGGCAGCGGUUGCGCAGGAGGCCGCUUCGUUCCUUGAUGAGGAUCCCAUUGUUGUCCUGGGCGGCCCCGCGAACAGCUAUUCUCACUAUUGCGCAACUCCUGAGGAGUAUGACGUCCAGCGCUACGAGGGUGCUUCGACCCUCUUCGGUCGCAAUGAGCUCAACGCCUAUAUCAACCUCACUGUCAGCAAUAUGCACUACCUCCAGCCCGACUCGACCAGCACCCCCUCCCAAGGCGUUCUUCCUCCGGACAACCGCCAGAAGAUGAUUUCAUUCAUCACCGGCGUCGUGGUGGAUGGCGCACCAUCUGGCAAGCCUUUUGGCAGCGUGUUGGUGCAGCCAAAUCCGACGUAUAACAUCGGCGAUACUGUCAAUGUCACAUUCCAGGGCGCCAACCCGCGCAAUAACCUGCGUCAGGAACAGACCUUUGCGGCCAUCGAGCAGCAAGGCAGUGAUGGAACCUGGACCCAGGUGCGCGACGACUCAGACUGGUUCCUGGUCUACACAUGGAGGAGGACAAACUUUAUCCUGGGGCAGAGCGAGGUGGACAUUACCUGGGAGACGUACGGCAAUGCGCAGCCGGGCACAUAUCGCGUCAAGUAUUACGGUGAUUCGAAGCCCCUGAUAGGGAGCAUAUCGUCUUUUGUGGGAACGAGCAACAGUUUUACGUUAAAGUAA